GAGGGCCAGGUGCUCUGUGAGUCAGCGGGGAAGCCCCUCCCGCGGGCCCUUGGCGAGGCAGUUCCCCCCACGGCCCCCCGGGGGCGCUGCGGGGGAGGGGGGGUGGGCCCUGGAGCUCUCGGGCGCCCACAGCGCUCGCUCUCUGCACUCACUCCACCGGAGGUUUUCCGGCCAGCUGUGUGCCGCCGCUCCCGGAGCACCAGGCGCUCUCCCUGCGCGCCCCGCGGUCCCGCUCCGGGCCCCGGGGCUCCAGACGCCGCCGCCCGACGGUGACAUGGGCGUCCCCCUGGUCCCGGAGGCCGGUGGCCGGCCCUGGGGGCCUGUGCUCCUCGCUCUCUUCCUGGCUGCCUCCCGAGGUCUGGUGGCAGCCUUCAAGGUCGCCACGCCAUAUUCCCUGUACCUGUGUUCUGAGGGCCAGAACGUCACCCUCACCUGCAGGAUCAUGGGCCCCAUGGCCAAAGGGCACGACGUGACCUACUACAAGACAUGGUACCGCAGCUCACGGGGCGAAGUGCAGGUCUGCUCGGAGCGCCGGCCCAUCCGCAACCUCACGUUCCAGGACCUUCACCUGCACCACAGUGGCCACCAGGCCAACACCAGCCAGGACCUGGCCCAGCGCUACGGGCUGGAAUCGGUCUCCGACCACCAUGGCAACUUCUCCAUCACCAUGCGCAACCUGACCCCCAUGGACAGCGGCCUCUACUGCUGUCUGGUGGUGGAGAUCAGGCACCACCACUCGGAGCAGAGGGUCCACGGUGCCAUGGAGCUGCAGGUGCAGACAGACAAAGCAGCGUCAACCCAGUGCAUCGCGUACCCACCCUCACCCAGGGAGAGUGAAAGCAUCACAGCGGCUGCUCUGGCUACAGGCGCCUGCAUCGUGGGCAUCCUCUGCCUUCCCCUCAUCCUGCUCCUGGUCUACAAGCAAAGGCAGGUGGCCUCCAACCGCCGUGCCCAGGAGCUGGUGCGUAUGGACAGUAACAACACACAAGGAGUCGAUAACCCCGGCUUUGAGGUUUCCCCGUCCUUCCAGGGCAUGCCGGAGGCCAAAGCCAGGUCUCCGCUGUCCUACAUGGCUCAGCGGCAGCCUUCAGAGUCCGGGCGGCACCUGCUCUCCGAACCCUGCACUCCUCUGUCUCCACCAGGCCCUGGCGAUGUCUUCUUCCCAACCCUCGACCCCGUGCCUGACUCCCCAAACUCUGAGGCCAUCUAGACCAGCUGGGGCCAGUGGGCAACUGUGGCGGGGCCUGGGGCAGGUGCUUUGGAGGCAGAGCCGGCCCUCUGAGCGGUCCCUUAGCCUUGGCCCUGGCCCUGGUUUCCUCCCUCCUGCUCUGAGCCCAGACUCUUUGAGAUACCUCUGAUGGCCAGACCCUCAACUCCUCUGGGUGCUACAUGGCAGAAGGGAGAAGGGGCUGGAUUGCCCAGCCCCUGUCUCAAGGAUGGUGGGGUGCUGGGAUCCCGCCCCAGAGACCUGAACUUCACCAGCUACAAAUGCCAAAUGGUCUACAUCCUAGAAGCUCCAGAGUUUCCAGCCUGUGGCAGCUUCUCUCCCUGGGACAUGAGCUUUGUGACCAAACAGCCCAGAUGGGACAAGAUGGGCACUGGACAGAACUCGCCCCCCCCCCCGCCCCCUGUCCCCAUCGAGUGCCAUCCUGCCAGGCAUGAGACACAGGAAAAGAUGUGGAAAGACUCUUCCUCACUGCAGUAGAGCCAGCGCCCUGAUCUCGCCCGAGGCAGCUCAUCUGUCAGACUCCCUCUCUGUGACCAUGGAGCUCUGGGGCUGGUCCUGCCUGCCUGCCCCUGGGGCCAUGGGAGCCUUUCCCAGCUGUCCGCUACCAGCAGCCUCUCCCAGUAGCUGUCCACCGGUUAAGCAAAUCUGGGCUCCCGCUGCCUGCCUUCUGGGCCCCAGAGUUCACUGGCCAGGGUCCCCGAAACAGGAAGUGCACCCUGAGGCACAGUGGCCACUGUGGGCCAACUGGCAUCUUGGGCAAUGGGGGCCAGGCCAGAGGUUGCACUACCUGCUGCAGAGGGGGGUGAGGGAGGGCAGGUGGAGCCUGCUGGGAAGGUGAGUGGAAAGGCUCUACCCCCACCCUCCCCCCUCCACACGCAGCGUGCUCAGUACAGAAGGUGACUGCAUACUGUAUUUGCCCCAACUGUGACCCUCCCUCCACUGGAAAGAGGAGGUGCUAUUAAACUCCACGGGCAACAAGUGCAAACCCUGUGAAAGGACUGUAGGAGCUGGGUUUUAAUCCCUGCUCUGCUUCCAGGGGUGCCUGAGGCCCCGGGAAGCCCCCAUCUCCUCCUCCCUCCCUGCCCCCCUGCCCCGUCUUUGGUCUUCCAUUCCAUUUAAUGUGUUGUCUUUACAGCAGAGUGACCCUGUCGGUGGGCGUGUACACAGAAGCGUCUUUGGCCCUCCUCUCUAGACCCUCUGCUCCAACUCCUGCUUCUGGGCAUGUCCCGGAUUUGUUUUUAUACACCAUAUGCAAGGGAAUCCUUUGUGGAAUUUUGAUUAAAGGGUUUUAAAAUCACA